AUGAGUUUAGUCGCGAAUACAGGGAAGUUGGCCGGUCGUACCCUAUUCAUAACGGGAGCGUCCCGUGGUAUCGGUAAAGCUAUCGCACUCAAAGCAGCUAAAGAUGGAGCUAACGUAGUUGUUGCUGCUAAAACCGCAGAACCUCAUCCAAAAUUACCGGGAACUAUUUACACGGCCGCAGAAGAGAUUGAAGCUCUUGGUGGAAAAGCUUUACCCUGCAUUGUUGAUGUGAGAGACGAGAAACAGAUUCAGAAAGCAAUUGACGAAGCUGUUAAAAAGUUCAAUGGCAUUGAUAUCCUCGUAAACAAUGCUUCAGCCAUAUCACUCACUGGAACCGCAGAGACUGAUAUGAAGAGAUAUGACCUCAUGCACAAUAUUAACACCAGGGGCACAUUUUUGGCAUCAAAACUAUGUCUGCCAUUGUUGAAAGAAAGCAACCACGCUCACAUUCUGAACCUGUCGCCACCACUAAACAUGAAUCCUUACUGGUUUUCACUUCAUGUUGCUUACACAAUGGCUAAAUAUGGUAUGUCCAUGUGUGUGCUGGGAAUGAGUGAAGAAUUCAGACAGUUCAAUAUUGGGGUGAACGCACUGUGGCCAAAAACUGCUAUCGCGACAGCCGCCAUUGAGAUGUUGACUGGUGACACUUCAUCCAGUCGCAAACCAGAAAUAGUCUCAGACGCUGCAUACGUCAUGUUGAGCAAAGACCCAAAAUCAUACACGGGCAAGUUUGAAAUAGAUGAAGAUGUUGUUAAAUCAGUCGGAAUCAAUGACCUCACGCCAUACGCUUGUGAUCCAAAGAACGCAAAUAAUCUGCUCUUGGAUGGUUUCUUGGAUGAUCCAGCCUCUUUACUUCAUCAUCAGCAGACAGUCUCCUCGGCUUCCGUACGACGUUAUCAUACGACAUCCGCCAAUUAUAAGGAUAAGAGUGAACCGUCGGGACAGAUCCCAGAACUAUUUUCAGUUAUCAAUAAAACGAUAACACCUGAAUUAGUUAAAAAAACACAGGCCGUGUUCCAGUUUAAUGUGAAAGGUAAAGAAGAAGGUAUAUGGCAUCUGGAUCUCAAGAAUGGUGAUGGGGCCUGUGGUCAGGGGGAACCAAAACAUGCACCCGAUGCUACCCUUACUAUGGAUAGCAGCAACUUCGCUGAUAUGUUUGCUGGUAAAUUGAAGCCGACCACUGCCUUCAUGAUGGGCAAGCUGAAAAUUAAGGGCGACAUGCAAAAGGCUAUGAAACUCGAGAAAAUGAUGAAGUCACUCAAAGCUAAAGUGUAA